AUGAAUUGGUACAUCCAGAAGCGGCGCGAUGCUAACGGGAACGAAAUUGAAGAGGAUGAGUUGCACCCUCAAUUUCGUCAUGGUACUCGUACCUAUAAUCUCCGAAUACUUCACGACCAGCUCGCAGACCGUCAACGAGAACAGCAGGAAGCUGCAGAGGCGUUACCAGAGCUUAUAAGACAACACACUGCUCUUCUAGAAGCUGGUAACAAAGCCGCGCUAGAGGCAUGGAAAAAUAGGAGAGGAAGGGCGGUAACUAGGGCAGCACGCAGAGCCGCGGCGCAUGAAUUUCGAUAUGCGCAACUUGACUUAGAGGACUUCUUAUACUACCAAAACUCAUUACAUCGAUGGAAAAGAAUGGGGGUUUUGGAAACGGAGAAUCAGAAAGAAAACUCGGGAGCCAAGCAAGCUGAAAGUGGUCUACCUGUCCCUGCGCCUCCUGGAAGAGGAGGAUACAAAUUUAUGUGGGACGCGGAAGACCCAAUGCUUGUUUCUUUGUUGGAUCGGUAUGAUUCAAUUCGGAUUGGAACAACAGAGCAUCGACAUGGCAUGAUCGAUGACAUUGAUGGCACCGCCAUUGCGAGGCCUGACGAUGAUACUAUUCCACCGGUGAGACCGCAACACUUGCGUCUCUGGACUCCCACCUCUCGUAGAAGACCGACAGGUGUUCCUUUUAGAAAAAGGCCUGGACUUGAUCCGAACGUGCCGAUCUUAGACGACGAGGCAAUUUUUCAGAAAUGGAGAGAAAUCGAAUCCAGAUACGACAAGGAUCCGAAAGCCACAUACAAGACCCAUGCGGAAAGACGCAGAGCUGAACGUGAGCAAUAUCAAGGUACCCACGACGCAUCCAGUGCCAUGUUUACGCGACCGGAAUCAUCGAACAUACUCGUCAAAGAUCUCCCAGCGAGCCAAGAUGUGCCAGCGCGUAGAGUGAUAGACGACCGGUUCUGGAGGAUACAAACUGACCAUGGCCUCUUCAUCUCAGCUCUUGAAUCUUCGUAUGACUGGCGCACGUCUUACGAUCUCCUUGGCCCACUGAAAUCUGGCGCUCAAAUGGACUUUGAAAUAAGUGAGGAGCGAGAUACUAUUCGAAGUCCCCGGCCACUUGAUGACGAUGAGGCAGAGGACGACAUUGAGUUUCAGGGUGAAGAACCCAGACACUUUGAGAGAAGAGUAGUGCCAACUACACGUAAAGCGGUAGGAAAGGGCAAGAAAGCGACAGGUAAAGGCAAGCAGGCAGCAGCUAAAAGUAGUAAGAGUGCUUCCACGGCUGGAGCCAAACGAGGGGCAGAAGAAGCUUCCGACGCUCAAAAUAUCAUCGAUUACCCAUACGAGGCUCGAGAGUUUACCGGGCCAUCGAAAAAAGUAAAGCUUUCCACUGAUCCUCAAGAUAACCUUCGGGUAUCAACAGAUUGGGCAGAAGAAACUACUGGUCGACGCGAAUGGCAUGCCUAUAUGCGAUAUUCUCCAUGUUCCUCGGUUGACUCACCUCCUCAUCUUCCAGUGCAGCCGGGGAAGAUCCCAAAUGACAGCAUUCCUGAAGGCUUCUCCUUGACAGACACGAAAGCCACUACGAUUGAGCAAGGUCCUAGGCAAAGGUGCAAUCAUAACCCCGAGAGGUGCCGAAUAUGGUGGAAUCCCGACCAUUCCCCUGAAGAGUGCUGGAUAAUAUACCCUGAGCAACCAACACGCCCAGCAGAUCCCAGCAAAUGGCCAAUACAAGAUGUCGACGGCCCUAAAGACAGUGGAGAUGAUCAUGUAACGGUGAAUGGGACAGGCAUAUAUCACUCCAGACUAUACGACCACUAUGGCUUGGUGCACAACCUUGGGCCCCAAAUGAAAGAGCCGCGAUGGCCAAAUAUUGGAGUACGGGUCCCGUACGAGCCCAUGACCUUGGAUGACCUGCGAUUGAAGGAGCCCUCGGCUGAUGAGGAUAUCCCUAAUGCUGGUAUUGAAGACACCAUCGCAAGUGGAUGUGAGCGGCGCCCAAUAGCUGAUGAACCUGCGAGAGCUCCUGUCGGCGAUGAAGAUACCGAACGGGUAGCUAUUAGCAAAACCGACAAAAUACUUGCCAAGGAUGCAGAGUUUAGAGCCGUACACGAAAUACCGUCACUAGCUGUGCCAAUCAUCGAGAACACGCAAAGACCCUGGGGUUGGUCUCUCGACAGGGAUCUAGCUGAGGACUUUGAGGGAGUGUCGGACGAUGAAGAUGACCUCUUCACAAAAGCGUACAAGAAGGGCUCCAGGCCUACAAACCCGAUGGCUAUCCCGCUACGAAGUAAUGAGCCCGAAGGUACGAAUCCUUCAUAG